UUGAAACUGAAGAGCUAAACAAAGCCUAUUUGACUUUCUGUCCUCCUCACACAUCGUGUACUUCUUUCUUACUUCUCACCAUGAAACUUCUUGGAGCUCUGAUCCUGGUUUUGAGUUUGUCUGCAGCAUGUGGAUUAAGAUGCUAUUCAUGUACAGCUUCUGAUCCUCACUCCUGCACACAAACCACAACAUGUUCCUACCCCUUUAACCGAUGCUACACCUUGUAUGUGAGCGGCACCGUCACUAAGGGCUGCCAAUACAGUGCGUCAUGUAUCAAGCCUUUUAGCUGCUGUGAAGGGAACUUGUGCAACAGUGCUAUACCAACUGGUCCCAGUGUCGUGCUCCUGCUGGUGUCUUCAGCCAUAAUCACCGUCUUCCUCUGAAGCUCUGAAACAACUACAUCUUAAUGAUGUUUUACUUUGUUCUUAACCAAAAAUUACAACCCUGGAAUAUUAAGCCAUUUUUUAAACAAUGUAUGGAUAUUUCUUUUCAAUAAAACCACAAUAAUGUAUCAA